AUGAACGGAGGCCUCUACUGUGACAGUAACGGCCAGAUCUCGAAACCCUUUCCAGACAAACCCUAUUGUCAGUCAACCGCGGCAAACAUUGGCGUCGUUAACAACGCUGGCGGUGUGGUUGCCUUCUGCCAGACUGUUCUGCCUGGCAACGAAGCGAUGCUGAUCCCUACCUCUGUGAACGGCUUUUCUACUCUAGCGGUUCCUGGCACAGAUUAUUGGGCAGGUACAGCUGCCCACUAUUACAUCAAUCCCCCAGGAACUGAUGCAGGCACGGCAUGCGUCUGGGGAACCAAAUCGAAUCCAUGGGGUAACUGGUCCCCAUAUGUUGCGGGUACAAAUCAAGAUUCUUCAGGACAGAUCUUUAUCAAACUGGGAUGGAACCCAAUUUACCUUGAACCAGCAACACCAUUUCGAGGCAAAAUGCCUAGUUGGGGCGUUUCAAUUGACUGCCCUAAUGGAGGAUGCAGUGGCCUUCCGUGUGCCAUUGACCCAAGCUCGAACUCGGUCAAUCAGAUGAAAGGUUCUACAAAUUCAGGCGCUGGUGGUGGUGCCUUUUGUGUUGUGACCGUCUCGAAGGGUGCGACGGCCAACUUUGUUAUCACUGGAGGUGGUGGAGGAGGUGGAAGCGGUGGAGAUAGCAGCAGUGGUAAAGGAGGGCAGUUUUAUCAGUCGUCUGUUGCAAGUGGGAGUGCUUCUUCUUCGGCCCCUCCAAGUACGACAGUUGUCAUCACAACCACAACCACAACCACAACAACAACAACGACGACGACAACGACCACACAACCGAAGACGUCUGAUACCACUACUACACCACCAGCGAAAUCAUCGUCGUCAUCCUCCUUAACGUCGUCUUCGCAGUCUUCAGCAUCAUCGUCAUCAGCCACCUCGGGGUCGUCCUCAAAUUCGGGCUCAAGUACUAGCAACUCUACUAUUAUCGCUUUUUCUACCUCAUGGUCAAUACCAGACUCAACAGCAUCGAGCGAGUCUACUGGUCCGACCGGUCAACCGUACUACUCCCUAUUUGACAGUUCAGCCAAUCCAGGUGCUACUGCUGUAGACGCAGUUGAGGCAGGUGCCCAAGCAUCGGCUACUGGAGCAGCAGCAACAGGCUCUGUCACGAUUGCUUUACACACAGGCGGUGCGGCCACUACCUCUUUCAGCAUAUUCGUCCUAGCACCACUGGCUCUCUGGAUGUUUUUAUAA